CUUCCUUCAACCCAAAACCUUCCCAAAUCAGAGCGAGAAAUGGGAGAAAUGGUGAUGGAUGCGACCAACUACGACGGCACUAUCAAUUACACUACGAACUGGACUUUCGCCGGCGGUUCCCUCCCAGACUCCGUCUCCUUUGAGUCAUCCUUCUCGACUACCACCGCAAACCACGAAUCCGACGACGGAAUCAACCCCGCCGCCGUCGAUCAUACCGCCAAGUCACCCCUGCUUCUGCUCCCUCCGGUUCCUAACGGCGAUCCCUGUGAAAUCACCAUUACGUUUGCUCAAGAACAUGAACUAAGGCAAGUCUAUAUCCGAAGCACUGCACGUGUAUACGAAGUCUAUUACACCAAAAAGAAGCGGGAUGAUAGAGAAUACCUCUGUACAGUUCGAUGUGGCGUUGCAAUGACAGAAGAUGAAGAAGUGCUUAAGAUCACACCUCUCAUUGAGUCACCUGCUUCUGAGAAUGGACUGGUACCGGUUAAGGAUGAUUGGGUUGAAGUGAAAUGUGGUGAGAAAGAUCUGCUUUCAGUUCCACAAUUAGGACAACAGGAUCUGUUUGAAGCUACUGCAGAGAUCGAUGAUGCAGAGCCUUGCGUUUCUGUUACACUCCGGCUUCUCUCGCUUCAGGAUAAAAGAUGUGCGCUUGUUGAUGAAGUUUAUGUAUUUGCUGAUCCUGUUGAUCCAAGUGAGGCAGACAAGGAAGAAGCAAGCGGAACAGGAAACUCAUCCAGUAGUGCACUUAUGGCGAUGUUUAUGCCCACUCUUUUACAGAUGUCACGAGGAAAAGAUGUCAGAAAAGAAGAUGAUAGGCAAGUUUCCAGCAAGUUCAAGAAUCCAGCAAGUUUAGGAGAUUCAAAUGAAUCAGAUAGGAUAGUGAAUGAAAUUCAGCAGGAGAACGAUUUCAUUAGUGCUAAUCAGAAAGAAGUGGGCUUACCAGUUGUAGCCAAUACUCUUGCAAAGCAUGCUGAUGCAACACGAGUACCUGAAGCAGAAACCAAACGUGAUAUGUCUUGCAGUAAUGUGGAGACUAUCCUCCAUCAGCUUGUGAACAAGGUAAGCAGAUUAGAAACUAUCUUGACAAGUUUCGAAGAUCGGAUGUUGAAACCUAUCAGUAGUAUUGAUGCAAGGCUUCAGCUAGUAGAGGAGAAGCUAGAACAGCUAGGCAAAUUUGAAUCUGAAUUGCUCGUUGAAACAAAGGUACCCAACCCGGGCUCUCAGGGCAGUGAUACAGAUAAACCUCCUGAAACCGGUCAGUUGAAUGGAUUGAACAAAAACACAGAUAAUCGACAAUUGCUCUCUUGUGCUGAAACAGCUGUCCCUGACUCCUCUAGUAUAGACAAUGGUGAAGACUAUGCUGUUGUACAGCCGAAGAACAGUAAUGAGGAGGUUGGUCAUUCUACUGAAUCUGAGAUCAGUAAUGAGGAGGUUAGUCAUUCGCUUGGGAAUGGAUCUUUUGAAGAGAAUCCAAAACGUUCAGUGUCUAUAAAUGAUGCUUUGGCAUCUGCACUUGCUGGAUUAUUGUCUUCAACUUCAAUCACGGACCGGAAAUACAGCCAAGCCCUCGUAGUAAGAGCGCCUGAAUUUUCAGAUGGAGAUGACAUGGAGACGGAAGAGAAAUCUCUGGCUGGUUCCCUUCCAGACAAAAGCCAAGUUGCAGCAGAGGUGUUGGGAAACACAUCUUCUGCCUCGGAGAGCCCAACUUCUCCACGGAAAGAGCCUGGAAUAACUCUUUGUAUUGAAGAAGUUACUCAGGAGAUGAUUAAUGGAGUUACUGAAACACUGAAUGAUACUGUGGAGGGAUAUACGGAUGCUGAGACAGUGGUUAGCGUCAGUAACCAUGGUUUAGAUGGAGAUAUAGUGACAUCAAGCACAGAAGCUGGUCAUUUCCCAGAGAGGGAGAACCAUAGUUAUGAGUUCAGGAAUCCCGAUUCCUUGGUUCACGAGCUCGAGAGUUCAAAUGUAACUACUAAAGAAUCUAAAGAAGAGCCUGAAAUGGAUGAUGUUUUGAAGAGUGUUCUCGGUUUUCAACCUAAUACCUCUGCAGUCGAUUUCCUAGCUCCUGUUCUGGAUGUGAAAUUUAAUUCAGAGAGAAAAGUCUCAGACAGCAAGUGUCUCUUUGAGGCACUCUUCACGGAAGAAUUUAAGACUGUUGUAGUAGAUUGCAACAAGGAAGGUUUUGGUGAUGAUAACUUGGUCUCUGUGGAAGAUGAAGAAGAACUAAAAGGCCCACCAACAGAUACACUUUCGUCUCUGGAGCUGGAUUGCUAUGAGACGAACGAGAUGCAUCUACAGUUGAAUGAUUGCAACAACGGAGGUUAUGGUGAUGAUAACUUGGUAUCAGUGGAAGAUGAAGAACUAAAAGGCCCACCAACAGAUACACUUUCGUCUCUGGAGAUGGAUCACUAUGCGACGAACGAGGUGCUUCUGCAGUUGAAUGCUGAGAUAUCAACAGCCAGUCUGAUAUAAAAGUAAAAUUUGAAUUCGGCAUCAAAGUCAUCAUAAGCUAAGUAUCUUACACCAAGUGUAGGUUGUGAAUGUUGAAAAAAGAAUCAUCCUUUUGGAUUUUGGAACUAGAAAGUAGAAACUUCUUUUUUUGUUUUGCAAUCUUUGUAAAAAUCUUAAUGAAGCAUAGUUAAUACUAAAAGCAGCAUGGAGCUCAUAAUCA